AGAACAGACAUCAGAAACCAGCUCAUCUGGCCGGUUAGCCACUAGCUAACAUCACACUGCAGUGUCCCAACGUUUAUCAAGUUAGCAAACGGUACUUAACUGUACCAGACUAGAUAGGGAGCCGUUGCCGGAACGUCUUUCAGUCACAGAAUGAAUAGUGAAGUUAGCUAGGAACCUGGGGCUUAUUCUGUCUAGCUUGCUAAGCAAGUCUGCUACGGUGCGCUAUUUAAGUGCGUGGUGUGUACAACAAACGGGCUAGAUAUGAAACAAUAGAUGGUUGAGCAAUUCAGUUUCUGGCAGCUGUUCGAUCACAUUCUCAAGAUGCAGAGCGAGAGAGCAAGUAUCAGAGCAAAGUUACAGGCAAAACACGUGUUAUAAAGUAAUAUCUGAGCAGACCUGGACAGUGUGUAAAGAAAAUAUUAGGCAACAGCAGUGUGGCAUAGUGCUGCAAAAGCGCCAGUCCCUGGUGGAGUGUCCCUGAAUUGCUUCUGACGGUAUUCAUUGGGAAAUAUGUAAAAUGUAAGCUUUGUAAAUCACCUUUAGGCCGUGCAUCAGACCAUUCACGUAAUCACGAAGUUAUUCAAUAAGAAAUACUAAAUCACAUUUCACAAAUGACAGUCAACCUGUUGUAGAAAACGACACUGCAGAGCAGGACUAAACAGGAUGGAUAAUGAUGAUGAUGGGUUGGAGAACCUGAGGCUGCAGUUCCAGGCACUGCAGGCACAGCAGGAGAAGCGUCUGCAGAAACGAAUGGAGAAGAAGAGAGAGAAGGAAACCACCAGCGAACAGGAUGACCUGAAACUUGCAGAGCUGGAUGGCAACACUGCAGACGAUCUGAGUAAAAGAUUACUGCAGGACGAGAAUGAGCAGCUGCAGGAUCAGGUCAGGGAGCUUCGUGAUGAGAACAGCAGGCUCUGCAAACUGCUGAAGGAGAAAGACUUUGAGAUUCAACGCCUGAAGAAGAAAAUGGAGGAGGACAAACAGGCUUUAGCAGGCACAGCUGGCAUGACUGGAGACGUGGCUGCCACCAAGAUAGUCCAGCUGGCGAAGAAGAACAGAGAGCUUGCCACUGAGAUCGAGCGAGAGAAGAACAAAGUCAAACAGACCAGCAACCGGGUUAGAGAACUGGAAAAGGAGCUGCAAGGUGCAAUAUCCCUUCAUCUUACUCCUGAGGAAAAGAUGACCUCAAAUCCGCUCCAUUCAAGAUCUACAGAGGGAUUCACGCCAUACAACUCAGAGGUGAAAGCCCUUCAGGACAAACUGGCUUCAGCCAAUUUCAAAAUGACAGAAUAUCGUAAUCAGAUCCAAGCGGUGAAGCAGGAGCUGAAGAUAGCUCAGAAGGUGCUGACCAACGAGGUGGGCGAAGACGUGAGCAUCCAGCAGCUGCUCAGCUCUCCGGGGAACUGGCGUGGGCGCUCCCAGCAGAUCCUGGCCCUUCAGAACAGGGUGCGAGAGCUGGAGCAGCAGUUGGGUCAGGCCACCCACAGGAAGCAGCCAUCUGUACUCAGCCUGGAGGACGAGAUGAUGGGAAGGAACCUCCCACAGCAGGACAGGAACAUCAGCCACCUCCGCGCCAUGGAGCGCGAUAGGAAGGACAUGGUAGAGAAGUUGAACGGAGAUUAUGCGGCCCUUCUACGGGAGCAUGAGGAGCUAAAGAGGAAGUUUGAGGCAUCCAGAGCAAGGAACAAGGUCCUGAGCUCUGAAGUGAAGUCCCUCAAGGGCCAGGUCUCCACCCUGCUGGAGAAGGGCAAACACGAUGAUGAGCUGGUGGACGCACUGCUGAAACAGCAGAAGCAGCUGCAGGAGGUUCUGGCCCGCCUGAGCCAGCAAGAUAUGCAGACCAAGGAGACCCAGCAGAACCUGGGGCAGCAGCUGAACAGCGAGGCCCAGCGGCACGGCUCCCUCGUCCAGCAGCUCAAGCACAUGGUGUCCGAGAGGGAGGCCAAAGUCAAAGAGUUGGAGGAGGAGAUCCGACAGCUGUCAUUCAAGAGACAUGAUGGUGAGGAACCGGGUUCCAAGUCUGCUGUGUGUGGUUCCAGACCUCCAACAACAGGGGGCAAGGCUGAGAGGCUGUCCUCUUCCCGAGCUGUUUCCAAACUCGGCCACAAACUCGUGGAGACGGCAACCACAGUGCCUCUGUCGGGAACCAGCUCUGCGGUCGGAUCGCACGAUGCGGAGAUGAAGGCCUUGAAGGCUCAGUGUUGUGAAUACAAAGCCCUCUAUUUGGCUGCCACUGUGGAGAGAGAUAAACUCAUGGAGUUAGUGAAGAUGCGGGAGACCAGGGAGCAAGAGGCCAAGGAGAAGGGCUUGGAGGCGGAGCAGAAGCUCCAAGGGGAGAGGCGGAGGGCCGUGCUCCUGGAGCAGCAGCUGGAGAAGGCCAAGCUGGACGCGGGAAAGGGCGGGGCCGCGGGGAGGACCAGCAACAGGGGCAGAGCAGCAGGCGUGUCAAUCAGCUGCACGGGGCUGUCUGUGAACCAGGCCGAAGUGUCCCCCAGGAGUCCUGCAGGCCCAGCAACAGAGGCGCAAGUGAAUGAGCUGAACACCAAGCUGGCCAUUCAGCUGGAUGAGAACGAGGCCCUGAAGGCGGCCCUCCAGAGCACGCUCAAGGCCAAAGAGGAGGACCUGCGUCUCUACAGCGACAUGAUGAGCCAAGUCAAGCACGUCUUCCUGCAGGCUCUGAGGCAGCACAAACAUGGCGCUGGCCCCACCAGCUAGCGCCCGCCGCCACUAGUGCCCGCCACUACUGCUGUCACGUGAACCCAAUCGAGCGCAUCCAGGAGUCCUCCGAAGCUCCCAGCUUUUUGUUCUGCCAGACCCAUUGAAGACGUAAUGUGAUCAGGAAGCUCUUUGAUCUGACACAUGUAGAAGCAAGUCAGAUCUGGUGUACUUUAUAAUAGCCACAAUCACAGUAACCUAAAAAUAUAAAGGGUAUGAUCUGGAGUUUGUAGACAACAGACCUUCAGUAAGAACCAAUAAGUCAGGUUGUUGAGGACUUCCAGAAACAUAAACAGAUAUUAUUGCGCCUUUCAAAAAUGCUGAAGUCUCAAUUAUUUUACUAAAUACUGUUAUUGUGUGCAGUUAGAUGUGUGUUUCUAUGGCAGCGUAUCUGUCCUGGCGCCUGUAAUUAUGUAAAACAAGUUUCAGGUCUACCACUCAAGUCUCUGCAGGAUUUAUUAAGUAGAGUGCACUCUGGCCUUAACUCAGAAACUAAUUAUUAUGGAUGAAAACAAAUGUUGCACAGCUACUGUUUUCCUAUUACCAGUUAAAAAGAGAGAAGCAACAAGGUGCUUAAAGAUCAGAUUUACAUUUUUUUUAUUUUUGGUGAGGGGGAACUUGCAUUGUAAAGCUAUAGCACUGUACUGUAGUUUUACAGAGGGUGCUUGCUGGAACCAUGUGCGAACUGUGAUAAGACACUGUUUCUAAUCUAGAUCUUUUUAGGCUCUCUGUGUUGUUUAAAUGUAUGUAUUACAUUACAUUACAGGCAUUUGGCAGACGCUCUUAUCCAGAGCGACGUACAACAAAGUGUAUAACCAUAACCAGGAACAAGUAAUGUAUGUUACUCCAAAGAAAAUGCUGUGUGUUUAUUUUUUCCACUGUUUCUCAACUUGAUGCUAAAUUACUGUGUUUAGCUGUUCUAUAACGGUGAAUAUAACCAUGAUUGUCUUGUAAGCUGUCCUGGGCAGGAACAUCUGCUACGCGAAUAAACAAAUGCUCAGGCAAA